UUUCAUGGGAUUUCCUUUUGACGGUUAUAUAUUUGUUUAUGAUUUGUUUGAAUUACUUAUCAUUAAUGGACUGGAUUUACUUCAGAUUCUCUCGAACAGGAAAAGUGAAACCACCGGUAGCCAUGACAAAGGCAUCAAAUGAAAUCACGAUGCAGAUAGAAAGACAUACACAGAUUAAGAAGAGAUGCAAGGUUAUACAUGAUACAUCUAAAUGCUUCAGUUUUGGGCUUCAUCCUCCCCAAAUAUGCAUUGGAGCUUCCAGGACACUACAUUGGGGAAAAAAGAACUGUGGUUGCUACCCAAAAGCUUCUGUGCACAAAACCUAUGUCAUUUUUUCAUUCUCAGUCUCAAUCAAGUUGAUGUAUAAUAUAGAUUGA